AUGGCACACGAGCGAUGUUUGCUCUGUCUCGUGUUCCGUUUCGCUUUGUUCCGGCACGUUCUAUGUCACCUCCUCUUCCCGCUGUCUUGUGAAAAGCGCUGCCCAGGUAGAGUCAGGGCUGCGCUGACGCUCCCCAGCGUCUCCACGGUAGCGGGCAAGGUCCACCUCAGGUGUCAUCUGCCGCCGCCGGCCGGCGCAGCGUCCGCGGGAGGAGAGGAGUCGGGAGCGGAGUCGGGCGAGGAGGCACGCCGCACCUGCACGGAGGCCGAUGCGUUACGACCUGGCGCCGGCCACCCGGAGCCGGAGUCGGCAUCCGAGGUCGCCGACCCGGAGCCACAGGAGUCCGUGCUCACGUUUCUGAGCAAGCGCUUCGGCAUGCUGGCACUCUUCGGGAGGGCCGUCCCAGGACCCAUUCCUAUCGCGAAGGUGCCGAUGAUCGCGGCCGGCGACGGCGACGGCGACGGCGACGGCGUGAAAGAGACGGAUGUGACGGUGGUGGUUGAAACGGAGACCGACGGGAGGGGAGCAUCGGUGCUCGCCGAGUCCACCGUUCAGACACCGGGCGUGGAGGUGGAUGCUCACUUGGCUGACGGGGAUGACCAUGGGGAUGUUGCGGCUGGGGUGGAUGUGGGCAAUAUAAACAGCAGUCACGGUUGUGAUGCACAGCGGGACAACGCGGUGUCACAGCCGGAGCCACCGGCCGGUGAUGACCGCGAACGCAACCCCGAUCCCCGGGUGACUCAGAGCGAGGUGGUGCCUGCGAUUUUGGACAAAGUUGUGGGCGAGGAUGGUGACGACAAUGAGGAUGACUCCGGGGUGGAGAGCCAACUGGCAACGCCGUCGUCUGAUAGGGGCGAGACGGACAGCGACGCCGGCAGGGAGAGCGACGCCGACAGGGAGAGCGACGUCGCCACGGCCACCCCCACCAUCGCCGAUCGGCCGUUUGAUCCUCCGGAGCAGCUCGAAUUCAUCGAUGCAGACGAAACGAGCCGAGAGGCUCCCCCUUCCUGCGCCGCUGACGAAACAGCGGGUGGUGGCGGCCCCCCCGCGCCGGCGGUCGCAGCUGAUGCGGCCGCUGCCGCUUCCGUCGUCACUGAUUCACCUGCGGUCGACUCGACCCCGCCGAGCGCUCGGCCUCCGUCCGACGAGCCGAGCAACGGAACGCGGCACGCCGAUCCAGUUCCGGCCAACGGCUCGCGCCGUUCCAGUGGUGCACCAGCCGGGGAUUGUCUGGAAACGAAUGUGGUGAGCGGCGAUGCCCGUGAGACCGAUGCGGCCGGGCCCACCGAGACCGAUGCGGCCGGGCCCGCCGAGUCCGACGGCGAGAGGUCGCGUUCGUCUUCACCGGCGGCGCUGGGGUCGGCGUCGAGCGUGUCCUUAAGCGAGGGCGGCUACUCGGACUCGUCACCCGGCCUGGCAUCCCCGGUGCACCAGGGCUACGUCCACGCGAGACCGCGUGCGGACACGAGCGCCUCGCUGCCGCGGCCGGACAGCUUGAGCAUGGGCACCGGCGGCGCCACCAACAAGUCGAUGCCCGACCUCGUCUUUCGGAAAACGUCGCCCGUUCUCACCAGCCCCGGCGGCGGCGGCGACGACGACACCGACAAAAAAUCCCAGCCAGAGCCGGACUCGCACAGCUUCCUGUCGCGCCUGCCGAACAUUUUCAGUGGCCUGCGCAUCAUCAAGAUUGGCGGCAGCGGCGGUGGCGGCGGCGGCGAGGAGUCGGUGACGGAGAUCAAGCUGAAGGACACCGACCUGGCCGUGAUGAAGCUCAAGAAGGCGGUGCAGAGCAAAGUCCAGCUGGCCGAGGCCAGCGCCGCCGGUGUCGCGGGGGGGGGCUCGUCGGCCCCGCCAGCGCCGCAGUCGGCGUUGUCGAGACGGGCGAGGAGGGAUCAUGAUGGUCACCCGAAGCUGCUGUCGGUGACGGCGAUCGGCGAUGAGUUCCCGACGAAUCACUCCUGGCUGCCGGCGCCGGGGGUGGCCGCGCUGGACGGGGAGAGGAGGGCGGAACAGGCGGCGCACAGCGGGAGCCGAUUGCCGCCCCACGGCCAGUCGCCAGACUCGGAGACGUGUGCAGCGCCGUCGAGCCCCAGUGGCCGCCCGGGGCCCGAGCACUCGGAGGAGCGCUGCAGCCCGGGGCGCCUGGGCCCCGUGUGGCCGCCUCCGCGGCCAGCGGCGGACGAGGACAAGCUGGGCCUCAAGUACACGGAGGCCGAACACCUGGCGGAGGUACAGAGGCUCAAGCGGGAACACCACGAGACCCUGAGGAGCCUCCAGGAGGAGUUUGACCUGAAGACGUUCGAAGUGCGGGGCGAGUACGCCUCCGUGGUCGCCGACCUCGAGAGAAAGGUGGACGACCUCCAGUGCGACCUCUCCGCGCUGCACCUCGCCGCCGCCGCCGCGGGGGGAGGACUCCCGGGGCCCGGCCGGCGGGGGGCCACGCGGGGCACCCGGGACGUGGGCGUCGACACCCGCGAUGGGGACCUCCCGCGCGCCUUCAGGAACGUGCUCGUGCAGACGGACCGGCUGGGCUUCCUGCAGCAGCCCGACGGCGGGGAGGAGGACACCGGCAGGACGGUGCCCGUGCGCCUCAAGAAGUUCUUCAGCGCCGAGGAAGCGUUCGGCGUGCUGGGCGCUGACGGCGCGGUGACGAAAAAUCCGGCGGCUGGGCCGCCCACGCCGCCGCCGCCACCGCCGCCGCCACCACCGCCACCGCCGCCGCCGCCGCCACCACCGCCGCUACCAACCGGACACAGUCCACCGCCACUCCCGUUACCACCAGGUCUCGCAGCAGCAGCAGCAACAUCAGCGGCACCGGCAGCGCCACCACCACCAAGACUCGGGCCUCCUCCACCGCCACCACCACCACCACCUCCGCCUCCUCCCCUGGGUCUGGGGGGGCCCCCGCCCCCUCCCCCGCUGGGGGGCCUGGGUGGGGGCCGCGAGGGGAAGCCCCGGAGGCCGGCAGUGGAGCCCAAGCGGCCCAUGAAGCCGCUCUACUGGUCCCGCAUUCAGAUCAAGGCUGAGAGCGCCGAGGAAUCGCGCUGUCUCUGGGCGCAGCUCGACGAGUCGCCCAUCGAUCCGAGCGAGUUCGAAGAGCUCUUCUGCAAGAGCGCGCGGGCCGAGAAGAAGCAGCCGCUCGCAGAGAGCUACGCCAAGAAGUCCCGCGCCAAGCAGGUGACGAAGAUUCUGGACGGGAAACGCUCGCAAGCCGUGGGGAUUCUCAUGUCGAGCCUCCACCUCGACAUCAAGGACAUCCAGAGAGCCGUGCUGGAGAUGGACACGUCACAGGUGGACCUGGAGACGCUGCAGGCCCUCUUCGAGAACCGAGCCCAGAAGGAGGAGCUGCUCUCCAUCCGGUCGCAUGUCUCCUCCAACAACGCCUCCGCCGACGCCAAGCCCCUCGACAAACCCGAGCAAUUCCUCUUGGAGCUGUCGCAGAUCCCGAGUUUCAGCGAGCGCGUGUUCUGCAUGACAUUCCAGUCGGCCUUCUCCGAGGGCAUGAGCGGCGUGCGGCGCAAACUCGACCUGAUGCAGCGCGUGUGCACGAGCCUGCGUGUGGGCGCCGGCGUGCAGCGCGUGCUGAGCCUCGUGCUGGCACUGGGGAACCACAUGAACGGGGGCAACCGCACGCGCGGACAGGCCGACGGCUUCAGCCUCGACAUCCUGCCCAAGCUGCGUGACGUCAAGAGCAGCGACAACCACACGAGCCUCGUCUGCUACCUGACCUCCGUCUACCUGCGCUGCUUCGACAAUGACGCAGGCACGGAACGGAGCGUCUUCCCGUUGCCCGAGCCGCCCGACCUCCUGCAGACGUCGCACAUGGCCUUCGAGGACUUCUCCAAGGAGCUGCGGCGCCUGCGGAGGGACCUCAAGGCGUGUGAGUCCGAGACGGAGAGGGUCUGCACCACCUCUGCACCGGAGAACCUCCAGCCUUUCAAGAGCAAGAUGCAAGAUUUCCUCACCUCUUCAAAAAUUCGGCAGGAGACGGAAGAGCGCUUCCUGGAGGAGACUCAUAAGAAUUUCCUGGACACGGCGGAGUUUUUCUGCAUGAGGCCACGGAACGGCGAGAAGGAGGUGACCCCGACCCAGCUGCUCGGCCUCUGGGCCGAGUUCGCCGCCGACUUCAAGGAGAGCUGGAAGAAGGAGAGCAAGCGGAUCGUCGCCGAGCGACUCCGCGAGGCCCAGAAGCAGUACACGGUGCGCACGCCACCCCCGGGACAAGUCACGCUCACCGCCAAGAAGGCAGACGGACUGAAAGCACGGCUGCGACUCAAGGCGACCUCGUCGAUAUCGGAGGCAUGAACGUGCGGCAGCGGAGAGAGCGUUGGCAUCGUCCCUCCUGCUCCUCCGUCAGCUACCUCCACCUCAUCGUCCACUCCCCAUUACGAAUCUUCAUCGUCAUGGUCAAUGAUGACUAACGCUUCUCGUGACCUCGUGAUGAUAACUAUAAUUAAGUCAUCAUCAUUGAUACCAUCAUCAUCACGUCCACUUGGUACCAUCGUUAUCUUCGUCACUGUCCAAGUAUCAUCCUCAUCAACAACCUCUCCUAAUGUCAUCUCAUCGUCUGAAUCGUUAAGUAUCACGUCGUCAUCGUCAUCAUCAUCAUCAUCACCUCAGUUAUGUUCAUUCUGCAAGUGCUGCCUAAUCACCGACGGUCACACGCUACCUCCUGCUCCUCAUCCGCCACCUCAUUCCUCCUCGCCCUCAUGCUCACCUCGUCACCAUUCACCUCGUCGCACGCACUGACCCCUUCUCGCGACGACAGCUUUACAAUCAAAAUCGUGCUUCCUAGGGAGAACGCAACAACAACAACAACCACCAACGGGCGGGGUGGGUGGAGAAGUCAGGAACUCGGCUGAUGGAGGCGUCACCGAUGCGGCUCGCGCGGUAGUUUUUGUUGUUGUUGUUGUUGUCGUUGUUGUUGUGCUAAAGCUACUGCGCCUCAUUUAACGUUCACUUUUAAACCGGCUCAGGUGCCAGUGACGGCGUCGCGGCUGUUGUUGCUAGGAUUACCCAAAUAAGCUUUUUAAUCAGUACGGUUUUUUAAAAAAGAGUUCACGUUCGGCAAACGACCGCGCUUCUUCUCGUGCCGCGCGAAAUAGGAAGCGACGCGCGGGUGUCUGCGGGACGCUGCCAGCAGAGACGACGGCGACAUCCGAGGGAUUUGUUGUCGAUGUUGGUUGUUAUUUUUUUGUUUUGCACAGGGACGGCCAGGCAGAGAGACGGACGGACAGACACAGGACAGACAGACGCACGAUCUGACGGCGACGAGACUGACACACUGACACAGACGCGCACUGAGAAACAGAUUUAUAGACAGACGCACGGACGCACGCACGCAUCUCAACAGAUCUAUAGGCAGACAGAAGCACAAAUACGCACACAUAGAAGCGGGUAUACAUGUAAACACGCAGACUCCUACACACGGACACGGACAAACAGACACACGUAUACAGAUACUGUACGAAGGUAACAGAAAAAGACCCCCGUGUAUAGCCGUCACAGACUGUUUAGGGGCAUAUCGACGUAGACACGCUCAGUUAGGCACAUGAACACAGACACGCACGCAACCCAACUAACGCGCACGCACGCACGCGCACGCACACAGACAACAUUCUCACGCGAUAUUCGGGGGUGUAUUGUGGGCGCGUCUACACGAGCCGCUGGCCCACGUGUUAAUUCGUGUGCUGUGUGUGCAAUGCUGCGAUCGUGCUCAAUAAACCUGCCCGGGGUGGCCGACUUGCCCGGGUUCAAAUCCGGGUGUCAGCCGCGUGGUCAAACCGGGUCCUCGACUGUG